UCAGGCCUCUUGUUCGAGUGGAUGACAAUUUUAAGACAAGUUACUUCCCCCUGGUUUUCAUUGCUAAUAUUUUUAUACAAAACUUGAUAUUUAAAUAAUCCCAGAUGGACGGAUCCAAUUUUGCAGUUACACAAUUCCAUUAUCGUCGUUACUUUGGGAUCUGGGUGCUGUGUUUUAUGAAAUGUGAUUUUUUAAGCAAGAUUAUCUGAAAAACGUGUUAAUGUCGCCACCUGCUGGAUAGUUGAGGAAUGAAGGCGAGGCUCCGGUGGCAACGCUGCAAAAGUGUUAAAAAGUGAUGUACAAAUCAUUCGCAAAAAUAAAUGCAAUAAUUAUUGAAUUGAUUUCAAUACGUUUAAGACAUAGUGCUUGGGUUUCAACACAGACGCACAAAAAUAAAUAAUUUAAUCGUCGUAGAGAUAUUUAAAAAUACGAAUCGUCAUGUUUAUAAGUUUUGUAACCUACACGAAUGUUUGUGUGUACAGCACAGACAAAAGAAAAUCGCGUAAAUAUAUUUAUUUCAUAGUUUAGGAAGCCCUUUUCAAAAAUGGAUUUUGACUACAUUACCCACAGAUCAAUUCGGCUUGGCGCAGGCGCAAUGUGUCAGUCCACUCGCAAAACAAUUACUCAUUAAAGAGCUAGCAAUACGAAGACAUUCUGCAGUUAUGUAGCUCAAUUAUGCCGAUCUCUAAUAUGCUGGGCUUGAUUAUUAUAAGAUAACUUUUACGCCCUCUGUUGGGCUCAAAAACCUGUUUAAAAGCGCCUGUAUUUGCGCGAAAGCUAACAAAAGUAGCCACAUGCUAACAGGCUACAGUGAGUUUGCGAUGCACUGCAGUUCUGUUUUUGUCUCUCAGACCGAUCGGCUAGCGGCGCAAAGGAGUUAACCUGCAGCUCUAUAUGUUUUUUUCCUGUCUUUUUGAUGGUGGCCUUUGGAAAAUAAGCUCCUCGUCGCUAGACUAAGUGUCCAGCUAAAGAUGUGGCAAAGUGUCGGGCUCACAUUGCUGGUCAUUGUGGCCACGCUUUUUUGUGUUCUUAUCUUCAUGUUGUGCGGUUGGUAUGUGGUCUGGCAGCUCUUCUUGUCCAAAUUCAAGUUCCUGCGCGAGCUCGUCGGGGACGCAGCCGCCCCGCGGGCGCAAGCGCAGCCGUCCGAAAGCGAGAACGAACGCGCCGCUGACGUCCCCGCACGCAACCGUCCCGGGACUGCACGCCAAAGAGUCGCUUUCCCGGAGAGCACCUUGUAGAUCGCCUCUGACCGCAUCACCUUACACUAAACGGGAAUCUUUCCUGACUGACAUUCGGUUGAAGACUUGACCGGACCUGUAAGCCAUCCAUUUCUUAAUGUCAAAUCUUCUUUAUUAAGUUAAACAAAAAAUGUGGUGGCAAUGGGUUGUGUUUUUAAGUAAGCAGACAACCUGUGUGGACUUCUUCACCUUCUUAAAUUGCAAUGAAAUGGAAAGUUGACCACCCUGUGGCACACGAAUGCACAUACACACACAAUGUACACUUGAAGAGCACUUGACAAGGAACACUGACUAAGCCGUGUGAUGUUUUGAUGCUGCUACAUACGACUCAAGCUGACAUCCCGGAGCUCCCAAUGGACGCUCCCUGCUGCAGACUGGGCCGCCCUUGUGGCGUCCAGACCUGUCUCGCUCUCUGCCUGCACCAGCGUCAAGUCUAAAUGGCGUCUGUUGUUUUCAUCACGUCAGCUCCUUUUUCUAUUCCGUCUACAAGAAGGCCAAAUGAACUCAGAGCAAGGCCUUGUCGAUAUUUGUCUUCUGCUUUCCUUUCAGGUAGAAUCAAUCAUUUGCACCUUUUAAUUGAUGAUUAUUGUUUUCUGUGGGGCAGUCGCUUCAAACCAAACAUGUUGAGCUCAGUCCUAUUUUCUGCUCAAAUGUCUUCAAUUAUUUUUUUAUAUUAAAGUCCUCAUAAUUGAA